AUGAAUGCUUUUAUAGUAAAGUUUGUUUGUUGUCUUGUGUACAUUUUCGUUGAAACCAGCCACGCUGCACCUUCAACAAAACUGCCAAAAGGUUUUAUACAAUGCAAAUUAAGUGAUCCAGAUUUAAACGAAUGUAUCAGAGAUGGGCUUCAACGGGCCACUCCAUAUUUGGCAAAAGGUGUUCCGAGUCUUGGAUUACUCCCAACGGAUCCAUUGCGAAUCAAUUCAUUAGGAAUAGAUCAGGGUAUAGGGGCUGUGAAUCUGAAGUUUAGGGAUUUAGAUAUUUUAAACAUGAAAUCAACGAUAAUCAAGGACUUGACAUAUGAUCCAAAGAACUAUACUUUGAAUGUCGCUCUAGUAGUCCAAAAACCAAUUGUGCUGGAAGGUCAAUAUGAAACAAAUGGUAGAGUAAUAAUUUUGCCCAUUAAUGGCAAUGGAACAUGUAGAUUUGCUUUAGACAAUUACAAAUCUUUUAGUGUUAUUAAAAUGAAGCCAGUACUUAGAAAUGGUAAUACACAUUUAGAAAUUAAAAGUUUAGAUUGGAAGUUUACUACUUCAAAAAUGCAUUUAAAAAUGAAUAACUUAUUUAAUGGAGACAAAAUUCUAGGUGACAACAUGAACUUAUUUUUAAAUGAGAAUUGGAUGGAACUGUUAAAAGAGAUGCAGCCAGCCUUUGAAAGAGCUUUGAGUUCUGCUUUUAUUUCAAUCGCACAAGAAUUCUUUAACAGGGUACCAUUAAAUCAAAUUUUUAUAGAUUAA